AUGGCCGCUCUCGCACUACGCCGCUCCGGCCUCUCAGGCGGGCUAGACCUGCUUAAUAUCCAGCCGGAGGAGCCGCCACCAACUGUCGCACCGGCCGACUCUUGGUCCACCACCACGCUCGAGACGCUCCCCGAGGACGCACUGGCCUCUGUGCUGGCUCAGUUGGGUUCGUCUGUGGACCAGCUCGUCGUCGCGUGCGUCUCCAGCUCCCUCUGCGACGCCGUUUCCCGCUCGUGGGCGCGCGACGCUCUCCUCCUCUCCUCGGACCCGCACCUCGCCACCGACCAGCUGCUGCUGCAGCUCACGCUCGGCCGGCUCGCGCGUGGGCUGGUGCGGGAGCUCGACAUCGCGGGCUGCGAUCUGCUGACCAAAUCCGCCGUGACGAGGGCGGCCAUGGCCCAGCGCACCAUCCAGCGCCUCAACGGCACCAACGUCGGGGUCGGCUCGUGGACGCCCGAGCAGCUGCUUCGGGUCAUCGCUGCCCUCGACGACCUGCGUGUGCUCACUGCGGACUGCCGCUCGCUCGGCGCGUCGUCGCCGCUGCUCCGCCUCCUCGCCCACCCCGCCGUGCGGCUGCGCAAGCUCGUUCUCCACAAGCCCGAGUCGGGUGCCGCGCUGGAGCCUGCAGCCGACGACCUCGCGCUCAAGCGGAAGCCUCCGGGCGGCGGCGACGCGCCCGUGGACCUCGGCCAGUCGGGAGGCGGGCUGCGGGGCGCCUUCGAGUUUGUCGCCGCGCUGCUCGCGGGCGAAGACGCCUCGGUCGAGGCACUCGCCGCGCUGGGCGCCGCGCUCGACGGGAACCGCCACCUCGAGCAGCUCUCGCUCGGCUGCAACUUCAUCUCGGCCGAGGGCUGCCGCGCGCUCGCCGCCGCCGUCGCGUCGCACCCCGCCCUCCGCUCCCUCUCGCUCGAGCACAACCCGAUCCAAGACUCGGGCGCCGCCGCCCUCUCCGCCGCCCUGUGCGGGCGCGGCUCGCGCCUCACCUCCCUCUCGCUCCCCUUCACGGGAGCGAAGGACGGCGCUUGCCGCGCGCUCGCCGACGCGCUCGCGGCCGGCGCGCCCCUCGCCUCCCUCGACCUCGGCGGCAACCUGGUCACGGCGGGGGGAGCCGCCGCCCUCGCGGCCGCCCUCGCCGACCCGUCCGGCUGCGCGCUCCGCUCGCUCAACCUGGCGGCAAACUACCGCCUCGGGCCGGAGGGCGCCCUCUCCCUCGCCGCGGCGCUGCCGUCGAGCGGCUUGGCCGAGCUCCACCUGGCGGGCUGCGCGGUCGGCGCGGGGCCGGUCGGCAGGAUCGCCGCGGCGGUGGCGCGCUCGUCGCUCCGCCUGCUCGACCUGUCGCACAACCAGAUCGGCGACCGGGGCGCGUGGGAUCUCGCCUGGGCCAUCGCCGAGCCGCACGCGCAGCUGACGACGCUCAUCCUCAAGUCGGACGACAUCGAGGACGACGGCGCCGCGGAGCUGCUCGCCGCGCUGGCGCACAACACCGUCCUCGAGGUGCUCGACCUCUCUGGCAACCGGAUCGACCCAAGCGGCGAGCACGGCGCCUCGCAGGACCGGCGCGUGACGCUCGGCUUCCAGUCCCGCCCCUUCCUCCACACGCCGGCGGAGGCGGCGCCGAGCGGCGGAGAGGCGAGCGGCGGCGACGCGGCGAGCAGCGCCUAG